UGAAAUAAGAGGCAGUGCGGACCGUAAAGAAAGCAUACGAGAAGGUAGAGCCAUUCGACCCAAUGGAACUUCCCUUCACCUUCAUAUCUCUCUUUCUUUUCCUAGCCUUUGUUUUAAGUCUCAUCAAGGGAUUGAAGAGAUUAAAAACAACCCAGAAACUACCACCAUCGCCAUGGAAGCUACCUUUGAUUGGACAUAUGCAUCAUCUGGUAGGUUCCCCAUCGCAUCAAGGUCUCAGAGACUUAGCUCGGAAGCAUGGAGCUUUGAUGCACCUUCAGAUGGGUGAAAUUCCUUCAAUUGUUGUGUCGUCUCCACGUUUAGCCGAGGAGAUUAUGAAAACACACGAUCUUUCCUUUGCGGAUCGGGCAGAGUUUCUUUCAGGUAAGAUCGUAGGCUAUAACUGUACUGAUAUUGCUAGCUGCCAAUAUGGUGAUUACUGGAGACAAAUGCGUAAGAUAUGCACCCUGGAACUUCUAAGUGUUAAGCGUGUCCGAUCAUAUGGCUCCAUCCGGCAAGAAGAGGCUUCUGUUCUUGUUGCAUCGAUUAAGGCUCUGGCUAGUGCUGGAGAGCUAAUCAAUGUUACGGAAAAACUAACCUCAUAUACAAGUUCUACUGUUUGCAGAGCAGCAUUUGGGAGAGUAAGCAAAGAUAAUUACUUGGCAUUUUUGCCACUAGUCAGGGAAAUAAAUAGCCUUUCUGGUUCUUUCAACAUUUCUGAUCAGUUUCCAUCCCUCAAGAUUCUUCAUCCACUCAUGUCACUGAAGACUAAGCUGUUGGAUGUCCACCACAAGGCAGACAGAGUAUUGGACCAUGUAAUUGAGAAGCAUAUAGCAAAGACAGAACCAGCCAUAGGUGAAACGGACCAAGAAGAUCUAGUUGAUGUUCUUCUAAGAGUUAAAGGUGGUGGUAACCUUCAGUUCCCAAUUACCAACGAUAACAUCAAAGCUGUUAUCAUGGAUAUUUUUCUAGGGGGAACUGAAACUUCAUCUACAACAGUGGAAUGGACGAUGUCCGAGCUGAUGAGAAAUCCAAGAGCGAUGGUCAAGGCACAAAGGGAAGUACGGAAAGCCUUCGUAGGAAAGAAAACAAUUGAAGAAACUGAUAUUCAAGAAUUGAAGUACCUAAAGUCAGUGAUCAAAGAAACUUUGAGGCUACACCCUCCUGUCCCUCUAUUGGUUCCCAGAGAAUGCAGGCAAGAAACUGAGAUUGAUGGGUAUAUCAUUCCCAUCAAGACAAGAGUUAUAGUUAAUGCCUGGGCAAUCGGAAGAGACCCCGAGUAUUGGGAUGAUCCAGAAAGUUUCAAACCAGAGAGAUUCGAGGACAGUUCCGUUGAUUUCAGUGGAUGUCACUUUCAAUAUGUUCCAUUUGGUGCUGGAAGGAGGAUUUGCCCAGGAAUUUCAUUUGGUUUAGCAAAUGUUGAGCUUCCUUUAGCUCUUCUGCUCUACCAUUUCGACUGGAAACUCCCAAAUGGUCUCAAACCCAAUGAUUUAGACAUGACAGAGACUAUGGGAGUAACUGCGCCAAGAAAAGACAAUCUUCGCUUGCUUGCCACUGUGUAUGAUGCAUCACUUGACGUUAGCGCAGAAACAUAGGGCAUGAGUACUUUCGGUGAAUAUGUGAGAAGUGGCUUCCAAGUCAUUUGCUAUAUUCACUCUGCUUUAUGUUAAUUUCCUUUAAGAUAUAAUAAUGAUAUUUGCUUAAUAACACCUUGCACUA